UAGACAAUGUACGUUACCUCUGCCUAACGCACAAUACACAACCCACCGGCCACGCUAUGCUGCUUCCCGUCUCCGCCGGUCACCGCUGCUUCGUCUAUGGGACGCUCAUGUCCCCGGAGGUCCUCCGCACCCUGAUCGGAAGGGUCCCUUCCAUCGAAGACCGGCCGGCCUAUCUCCCCUGGGGAUACUCCCGGCACCCGGUGUCGGGCCGGGUCUUUCCCGCCGUCAUCGAGAACGCCAGCGACAAGGACCGCGUGAAGGGCCUGCUCCUAUCGGGCAUCACGGACGAGGAACUGGAGGUCUUCGACUGGUUCGAGGCCGACGAGUACGAGCGGCGCAGCCUCCCGGUGUCGCUUUUGGGGCCCGAAGCGGGCUCGCCCGGUGGCGGUGGCAGCUGCGAAUCAGACGCCACAGAAGUGGAGGUGGACGCCGAUGUCUACAUAUGGUGCGCGGGGGACCGCUUUCUGGAAAUGGGCUCGGCAUGGGAUUUCGAGGGCUUUUGCACCCACGACCUAAAGUGGUAUCUCCGGUCUACCGUCCGUCCCUGCAGAGACGACUACGAUCGCCUGAAGAAGCUAAGCUGACCGGACCGGGUCGUGAGGAAACGGAAAAGAUUCAGAUGCAGGGCCAAUCAAUCUUUCGUUCGAUCCGACUGCUCGACAUCGAAUCGAUGCAUCGCAGCGUGGAAUGAAAUGCCCUAAGCAGGUCUUGUGGGCAGCAGCACAGCAUUGAUGCCAUCGAAUGGAGCUAGACAGUCUUUGAUUUGAUGGAGGAUGGAUCAAAAGCAAUACCAAUACGUGUUCGACAUGUUGUGGUAUCAUCACCGGAAGAUAACUGGACCGCUAGUCUUUUGUAUCGCGGGCCGAUGAAAGGAACGAACGAAACAAACAAGUAUUUAGUAUGAAUUCAGUUCCGAUUUUAUCCCUAUAUAUUUACGGAUAAGUA